GUAGGGUGCAGAGCCUUCACGGGGUGAUAUAGUGCCUAAACCUAUUACCGUACACCCUGCCCGGCGUGUGUGCUGUAUUCAUGUAUUCAGAACACAUCACUACUGUCGUAAACAUUACCGCUAUCCGUGCGUUUGUCUGACCUAUAUACUGCACUCCCGUAUAGUCACUUGGUAGCUGCAUACAUUUUGGGCGGCCCAGUUUUUUUGUCUCAUUCAAGGCAACAGUGAUUUGAGUAAACUUCACUGUUGACUUUUCCUCGUCAUCACGAGUCAUCCGGGUGAUUCUAACCGUCCGCGCAGGCAUGGCUGAGAGCUCACGGGACGUUUCGGACACCGCGUCGGUGAUGUCUGAUUCCUCCGCGGCCCCCUCUCCCCGCACGGCCCGGAGAAGACAUCUCGCCAUGUUCGGGAACAUCGUGGACCCCAACGAGGGGAAGUCGCUGGAUUUCGGCAGCGAUAGGAGCUCGCGAAGGGGGUCGGGCAGCUCUGCGGGGUCCAACCCCCCGUCCAACCCCGGGAGCGCCCCCCACACCCCUCCCCGCACCCGCCGGCUAGGUCCAUCCUCCAUGUUCGGUCAGUUAGUGGACCCAGACGAAGGGAAGUCGCUACAGUUCGGCUCUGAGAGAAGCUUCGGGAGUAGGCGAGGGUCUUCCGGCUCCAACAGCGCUCACGAGAACGGCAACACUCCACCUAAGGACAAGAAAGACCAGGAUGAACCUCAAGAGCCGAAAGAGAUGGAGGGAGGAGAAGAAGAACAGGAAGAGAAGAAAGAAGAGAAGGCAGAAGCAGCGCCAAAACCGAGGGUUAAGAGAGAAGAAGUAACCAUCCAGCAGACGAACAAGGUGCUGAUUAAAGGCGGGACCGUGGUGAACGAUGACCGGUCCUUCAGCGCUGACGUCUACGUGGAGGACGGCAUCAUCGCGCAAAUCGGACAUGACCUGAGCGUGCCGGACGAUACCAUUGCGAUCUCUGCGGAGGGGAAGCUGGUCAUCCCGGGAGGGAUAGACACCCAUACCCACCUGCAGUUCCCCAAGAAUGGACUCACCUCCGUGGACGACUUCUCGCAGGGCACCAAGGCCGCGGCAGCCGGAGGAACCACCAUGAUCAUCGACUGUGUCCUGGACAGUUCUGACUGCAGUCUUGUAGAGGCGUACGACAAGUGGCGAGCCAUGGCAGACGACAGCGUGGUGGGAGACUACGCACUGAACGUCGCCAUCACCAAGUGGGACAACAAGGUCAAAAUUGACAUGGAGAAACUCGUGCACCAGCGAGGUGUGAACGCCUUCUUAGUGUUCAUGUCUUACAAGGACAAGUGGCAACUGACUGACUCUGAGCUGUACCAGGCGUUUUGCCACAUGAGAGACCUCGGUGCGCUUGCGCUGGUCCAUGCUGAAAAUGGUGACGUCAUCAAACAGGGCGAGGACGAGAUGAUCAAACAGGGAGUCGUCGGACCGGAAGGGCACGAGCUCAGCCGACCGGAAGAGGUGGAGGCUGAAGCGGUUCAAAGAGCCAUCACCAUAGCUGACCAGGCCAACUGCCCGCUGUAUGUUGUCCGUGUAAUGAGCAAAGGGUCCGCUGACGUUAUAGCUGAGUGUCGGAAGAAAGGCUAUGUAGUGUACGGAGAGCCUAUCGCUGCCAGUCUGGGGACUGACGGUACUCAGUACUGGAACACAAAAUGGCGCGAGGCGGCAGCCCAUGUGACGUCACCACCUCUCCGUCCGGACCCGACCACUCCUGGGUACCUCAUGGACCUACUGGCCAAUGGAGAUCUCCAGGUGACCGGGUCCGCCCACUGUUCCUGGACCACCGGACAGCGAGCAGCCGGGCAAUCCGACUUCACCAAGAUCCCGCACGGCGUCAACGGCAUCGAGGAGCGCAUGUCUAUCGUCUGGGAGAACGGAGUGGCCACUGGAAAAAUGGACGAAAACACCUUUGUGGCGGUGACCAGUACCAAUGCAGCAAAGAUAUUCAACCUCUACCCAAGAAAGGGUAAGAUUGCGGUAGAUUCUGAUGCCGAUAUUGUCAUCUGGGACGCGGAGGCGGUCAGGACCAUCUCAGCAAGCAGCCAUCAUCAGGCGUCAGAUGUGAACAUUUUUGAAGGAAUGGAGGUUCAUGGCGUUCCAGUGGCUACUCUGUCUAAGGGCAGAGUCAUCUUUAAGGACGAUCAGAUCGUUGCCAAUUCUGAAGGUCACGGAGUGUUUGUGGACAGAAAGGCGCAUUGUGAUCACAUCUACGGCAGACUGGAGGCUAGAGCAAAGUACCUGCUGCCGCGAGCGGUGAUCCGGAUGGAGCAUGACGGGCCGGUAGCGCAGGUGGCCCCGGCCGUGGCGGCCGGCUACCAGCCCCGGACAUCCCGGCCUCGUAACCUGCACGAGUCCCAGUUUACACUCUCCGGAGACACGAAGCAGGGGGAUGAGGACGAGAUAGGAACUCCCAUCAGCAGACGUAACCGCAAACCAGCCACACGAGUCAACGCACCGCCAGGGGGCCGGUCUUCUCUCAACAUUUUCGAGUAAACCCUCAUCUUGCACGGAGAGCUUUAGCCUGGUAUCCAGUCUUACGUACGUGGUAGGGGCGGGUUUUUCCCGGGGCGGCAUGAGCUCUUUCCCGCCCGCCUCAGCUAGGUUUCCCGGUGUGUAUUUCACGAUGGGAGAUUGAUUAGCACUACCACGAACCAUGUUUGGGGCAAAUCAAAUCCCCAAGCAUGCCAUCUCUAUAAGCGUAACACUCUUACCGGAGCGGCUGUUGCACUGGGAAGCUAUUAGAGCCUCCAAAGACACAGCCUGCCUGAACACCCCAACUACUAUGCCCUAAUCACGUACGACUGGAUACCAGGCUAGGAGAGCUUAGACUCCACCAGGCCUUCCUAGAGGGGUUUAGGAUGGUAGAAUUCGGUAAAAAUAGGGUCUGAAUGGCCAGGGAAGUGGACCCACCCUUAGGGUUUCAUCUUCUUUCCACCACCAAGACUUCUGCAUGUAGCUAGAACUUUGCAACUUUGCUGUAAACCAACGAUUAGCCAGGAGUGUUACGUACAACCCAGGCUAUUGUUUACAUUAGCACAUGAUAGAAAAAAUUCCCUCUCAAAAAAUCUGCGUGGGCAAAUGAAUUCUGGCCAGUCAUUCUACCUAUUUGGCUAAAUUUCACUGUUGUUUGUACCCGCGUUAUAAGUCUGGUGGAGAUUAUGCUAGCUAGUAUCAACACGAAACAUAAGCGACUAUGACUAAAAAGUACCGUGUUGUGCUCUCAGAACGUCCGUACGAUGUGUGAGUCCAUUUACAAUUAAGGGAAAGGAGUAGUUUGUACCGCAUAAAACAAACAUAAUAUAUACGUAUGGUUCAAUUGUGUAAAGAAUAUGAAUAUUGUUAGUGGUUUUUGUGAAUGUCAAUUUAACAAGAACAUCGAUGUUGUUUUUACCUCCUAGAUUCUAUUCUUACCCUCGUUGUACGAUGUCAAACAGUCAUGACACUGUUAGCAGAGGUUCAUUGCCAAAGCAAGCAUGUAUUAUUUACAAGAUACGAGGUAAUGAAGUUUGAACGCUGUUCCUAUUAUGCGGUUAUUGUGAAGCCGAGAUACCGAAUUCUAAGCGUGUACGUUCCAGCUAAGGCGAAAGACGCCAACAACCCACUUACUCCGUCGCAGAAAUGAUUAUACAACCCACAUGUUAUCGUAGGAGACUUGUAACGUAGAAUUGAAUGAAUGUUGUCUUUGUGACUCUGUCGUUAGAGGCUUAAUUGGAUUAAGUGGGGCAAGCCGCCGGUCCCUGGAGUAGAGGACAGAUAAGCGACGUCCGUUAGCGUUCCUUGGUAACUCAAUAACCAUUUCUUCCGAGGGUUACUAAGUGCCCUGUAAUAAAAUAAUGGAAAAAUAACACACGGCUCCAGA